ACCGGGCGAUUCUUGGUAUUCUCACGCGCUGUGGGGGAGCGAAGGCCGGCGAGGAAGGAGGGGAGCCAGCAGGAAGGAGGACGAGGAAGGAAGGAGCGGUGGUAGCCAGCAGCAGCGUAUAUAAAGGCCUCGCGUGUCCUCGUCUGCCUCUUCUGUAUACUAUCUGACAGUGCUACUGCUCUAUCUAUUCGUAACCAAUUGUAUAUACCCUCGUACUACAUCCACCACCAUGUCGGACCCCAAGCCUCUCCGCAUUGUCAUGGCUGGCGACGACGCCGGCUACGACUACAAGAUCGCCAUCAAGCAGCUCCUCGAGAAGAGCCCUCUCGUCGAGUCCGUCGUCGACGUCGGUGUCACCUCGACAUCUGACAAGACCGCCUACCCGCACCCCGCUGUUGAGGGCGCAAAGCUGAUUGCGGAGGGCAAGGCGGACCGUGGGUUAUUCAUCUGCGGAACCGGGCUCGGUGUCGCCAUCGCAGCGAACAAGGUGCCUGGUAUCCGUGCCGUCACUGCCCACGACCCCUUCUCCGUCGAGCGCUCCAUCCUAAGCAACGACGCCCAGGUGCUGUGCUUCGGCCAGCGUGUCGUCGGCAUUGAGCUGGCCAAGAAGCUCGCCCUGGACUGGCUCACCUACCGCUUCGACCCUAAGAGCGCCUCGGCCGCCAAGGUGCAGGCCAUCAGCGACUACGAGAAAAAGCUCAACAGUGCCUAGACUUGCGCAUAACAUAGGCUUCUGUCGACGGAUGACUUGAUGGAGUCGGUCUGGUGAUGGAUGAAUGGCGACGACUAUCUCGUUCUUGCCCCCAAGGCGGAUCCGCCACCCGCACGACACGCCCUGAUUUCUUGACUGACAAUUGGGAGUUUUGAGACAUUGAUCAAUGCGAAAUGAUAUGAUAUACCUAUUUGUUUUGUUCACCACCAACAACAGCAGCGUCAAAU